UGAAUGUAUGUGUCUACAUAAUGUUCUGAAUAGCUUGGGGCGGAACUAAUUUGCACGUGCACUGCCCGUGUGGGGCAGUUUCGAGAUAUUCAUGGAUGGAAAGAGCGGUGAUGUAACGUAUUAAGCGCAUUCCGUAAGAAAGUGUAUUAAUAUUUUAAGUUAAGUUACUACAUUGGAUUUUUGUGAAGAUAAGUUGGUAUGCGACGUGUUGAAGAUACAAGUUUCGGGUUUAGCUCCUUUGUAACAAGCUGCCAACGAGGAAUCCAAAGAUGAGUUUAGUUAUCACCAUGUUGUUUUUGGCGAUCCCCUGUGCCUGUUACAGCAAAUCUGAGAAAUAUUUUGAAUUGGACUGUAAACAGGAAGUCUCUGGGGUUAAUGGCCAGCAGUCAUUGCUGGAAUGUAUAGUGAAAUGUAGGGAAGAUACCGUGACCAUCAUAGGAGUGAACUGGAAGAAGAUGGGAAAGGUUUUGUUGGGCUACUAUAAAGGCAAAACAGAUGUGUCCCCUGGAUUCCAGUUUGCUGUACCUGGUUGGAACAAGUCAUCUAAUGUGUCCCUGUUGUUGACCAACACCAAGAUGGAAGACAUGGGGGAGUAUGAAUGCGAGGUGCUAACUGACUUGGGGCAUGAUAAAAACACAGUCAGCCUCCGUGUCACCGCUAUGAACACAACUCCAACCAUGAACUCCAGUCCUGAAAACAACAUUAAAGAGACCAUUUACUGCAACUCCACAGACAGUGCCGAGGAAAAAAUGAUCUGGUGGUUUGAUGAGGAUAGCAAGAACUUGACAGACCGUUCUGAACUGGUGGCCCAAAAAAAAGACAAUGGACGGUUUAGCAUUUCCAGUAAAUUAACAGUGAGAAAGGAUAUAUCCAAACACUACACAUGCAACGUUCUCAGCAUCAACGGAGACGUGGAGAGAACAGUAUCAUUUGAGCCCCGUUCUAGGACCAAAGAUACUGCGGCCCCCCCAAGGCGGAUUUCCAUGAGUGUGAUCAUUGUCAUAGUAGCUUCAAGCCUUUUUUUUCUUUUUCUUUUUUUUAUGUUCUGUUUUUUUAUUAGGAGGUGCUCCCGACAAAGACCCUGUGUCUACGCCAGAAGUCCCACGUCAGCAACUUGAAAGGGAAGAUGUCUGAUGUUUUAGCUACACCUUAUACAUCUGCACGUUAUAUUAACGUUUCUAUAUUGGGUUGCCGCUCUACUAGUACCAUACCAUCUUCUUCCGCUUAUCCGGGGCUUAUACUACUCGACUAUGUAAACACUACCAGACCAGACCUUUACUCUAGGCCAAGGUUCAUAUAUCAUUCAGUAUGAUAAGAGCUUUACUAAAAACAUGUAGCAUCACUAAAUGAAUGACAUCCCCAUUCAAAAAGCAAAGUUUUUUUAAUAAUCAGCUUUCAGUGGAUAUUGUUCUUCUUGUGCUUUGAUUCUGCUACUCUUUAUAGCAGAGUAUUUUUUUGGCAUGUAAUGUUUUUGAGGAAAAAACCCAAAAAACACCAGGUUUAAUAAAUGCUUUUAAGAUA